CAUGAUGAGCAGGCUUCAAAGCCUCAGCACCCUACCAAUGUGCUCGUGAACCAGGAAGAGGGGAAUGCCCGAGAGGGUGACUAUGAUAUGGAGACGGUCGAACGUGUGUAUCGAAAGAUUGAUCUCCGUAUCAUUCCUGCUUUUUGGAUCCUCUACUUCCUCUGUUCAGCCAUCAGAUCCAACAUUGGAAUUGCUCAGACCAUGAACAAGGACAAAGGUCAUGACCUCAUGACUAUGCUUGGGUUGACUCCUAAGGAUACUUCGACUGCUCUCGCACUGUUCUACGUCGCCUAUGUCAUCUUCGACUUCCCCUCCAACCUGGUCAUGAGCAAGCUCAGCCCCCGUCUUUGGAUGGCCCGUAUUGUCUUUGCUACUGGCGUCGUCGGUACCUGCUUCGCUGCUGUCCAAGAUCCCUGGAGCGUCAAGCUUCUUCGAUUCUUGCUCGGAGCUGUUAUUGCAGGCAUGUGGCCCGGCAUGGCUUUCUACCUCACUCUCUUCUAUCCUCCUUCGCGAACCGGAAAGAGAAUCGGCAUGUACUUUACUGCCGCUCAGGUCUCUGCCGCCGUGGUUGGCCUUGUGUCUGCGGGCUUCCAGCUUAUGGACGGCAGUGGUGGUCUUGUCGGUUUCCGAUGGAUGUUCCUCAUCUACGGUCUUGUCGCAGUUGUCUUGAGUUUCAUCCUUCUCUGGUGGCUCCCUGAUCGUCCUCUUGCGCCUGGUCAGACUAGACCUCGGACCGGCAUCUUCAAGUGGCUGCCUCCUUCUCCCGAGGUACUCAAGGGCCAGGAUGCCAUUAUCCACUACCACGACCUUCGCCGCGUCUACCACUCUCGUCCCUGGACUGCAAAGGACCUCCUCCACGUCCUCGUUGACUGGCGACUCUGGCCUCUGACCAUGAUGUACUUUGGUGUCGUCGGAGUUGGUAUCGGUACUCAACUGUAUGGCUCUGUCAUCAUUGCCUCCAUUCAGCCUGGCUCUAGUGGUGUCAAAGUGAGCUUGCUUUUUGCCCCUAUCUGGAUCAUGGAUCUUAUUGCAAUCCUCAUCGUCACCCCCAUCUCGGACCGCUUCCAUCGAUCUCGCCCAUACUUUUUCGCGGCGUCCGCUUGCAUCCAGAUCGCUGGCCUUCUCACUGUCACUCUGGCCACCAACAAUGGUUGGGCUCGAUACGGUGGUCUUCUCAUGGUCGGCUUUGGCCUCGGUCCUACUGUUCCCAUCUGCAUGGCCUGGAGCUCCGAGAUUUUCCAGAAGCGCCAUGGCGAAGUUGGAGUUGCCGCCGCGACCGCUCUUGUUUCUGGCCUGGGCAACCUAGGAAGUGUUGUCACCACCUAUGCUCUCUACACUGGUUGGCCCGAAGACGCUGCUCCUGGACCUCACCAGUACCGCAAGAGCAACUACACUAUGAUUGGAAUUCUAUGCAUGAGCAUCCUCAGCGCCUUUGUCAUGAAGACUCUCCUCACUAUUUUCGGCAACCCACCCAGCACCAAGCUUCAGGACGACUCGUCUAGUGAGUUUGACGAUGGGGCGGCUCGACGUGAGGCCAACGAGCGUGGAUUUGGCUCUCUUCCCUGGAAGAAAGCCAAUCGUGCUUAAUCCUCUUCAACAACAAGAGGAGUCGUUCGUCCGAACUUGAUCUUCAACUGUCGCCUCCGGCCAACGAUCAAUUCACUUCUCUACGGCAUGUAUUUCAACCUACGUGCUAGCUAUUUUCCACGUAGCAUCUCUCUUACUGAGUAUGCUUUUACGACAUCCACUUCACUAUUUCGCCAUGGUAAAGGCUCAGUCGCUGAACCUCUGGGACGCCGCUAUAUCUCAAUGCUUGACCUCUUCUGCGGGUCAUUCAUAGCGACGGCCUCAACAGCAACAUGUUUGGUGGAGGACCCUCCGACCUUGCAAUGGACGUGGUGACAAUGCUUCAGCGCUAUUACCUCGUCCUCCGCUAGGCCGGACCCUUCCCGAGCAUCCACGCCUUGCCAGUAUUAUCGUGCUUUCUCUUUUGCUUCGGCAUUGAUUUCACGCAUUGUUUUGCUCUUUAUGAUACCCCAUCAGCGUUUGUACACGCUGUCCUACGAGUUUCAUGUCCCCUCGGCAGCGAAAGUGCUUCUACGCCAUCGCUUUGCGGAUAGUGUGUUGAACCAGGACCCGCGGCGACAAUGCUACUGCGCUAUCGUUUAGCGGGCUCUGUGGGCGUUUAAACGUGUUGAUUUUUUGGAGGAUGGAAAAAGGGAAUGUGGCCGUUACGGGCCAGGUGUGUUUGGGAGAUAGCAUACAUCUGUCGUAUUGUUCAAGACUAGAGUAGAGCUUGUAUAAGACAUGUUGCUCCCGU